UUACUAAUACAUCUGACACCCUCUACCAAAUAUAAAGCUCGUGCUCUGUACUAUACCCUCUACUAUCUAUGACUAUACUAUGCUAAUCUACUGCACACUGGCUUGCUGAGCUGAUCUCUGACCAGUAGCCUAGUUAAUAGGGUAUCCAAUAGAUUGAGCUUCAGAGGCAUUCAGGCAGUGAUUAGAUGUCGGGUGCACUUAUGCAAGCAGCUCGUACGUGCAGCUUCUGUCUGCACAGCUACCCAAGACAAGUAUUGUAUCAUCCGAAACUAAGUGUGCUAUCUGUCUCAAGAACAGGCGCAAAACUCAUAGAACAUCGCUUGUCGUGUAUUAAGAGGAAUGUAUCGAGCACAGUAAAGCGUGCACCUUUGUCAUCCUAUGCUUCAAAGGCGAAGUUUUGGAUCAGAGACAAUCGCAAAACUAGUUUAUUGCUGGUUGGAUGUGGACUCCUCGGAAGCUAUCUAUCAAUAUUAAAGGCUCGACAUUCUCAAUGUCUCUCUCCUGCUAUACCUGUGGUAAAAUACCCUCAAAUCACUAGUCCCAUAGAACACUCAGAAAUAUUUACUAAAGAACUCUCUAUUCAACAAAAGCUCAAACUCUCACUUCGUUUCAUUUUCCUCUGCCUCGUCUUCUCUCCAAUGCUCAUCCUCCACACAGCUUCCUAUCUCACAGGGAGCACUUUUCUCGAGAAGGUAGAAGUCCGAUACCUUAUUUUUGUGCUCCAGACUGCUGGUCCUGCCUUCAUCAAACUUGGUCAGUGGGCAAGCACUAGGAGAGACCUCUUUAGUGAGAAUUUCUGUCAGACCCUCUCAUCUCUACACACUCAUUGCAUUCCCCACACCUGGGCAGAAACGCAAGAGUCCUUGGUGCAGAGUUUUGGCGAGGGCUGGAAUCAACACCUUCUGAUUCAGGACCACGAUCCGAUUGGCUGCGGCUGUGUUGCACAAGUCUAUCAGGGAUAUUUGAAACGCUCACAAGAAGAAAUUGAGAGUGGCAGUUAUCCCUCUGGAGAAGGUGUGCCCAUUGCUGUCAAGGUGAUGCACGCAGGUAUGGUUGAGGCUAUGGACCUAGACAUUAAUUUGAUGAUGGGUGUCGCCUCCUGGGUGGACUACCUCUAUCCUGACGUGCACUGGAUUGCUCUAAAAGAGUGCGUGGACGAGUUUUCCAUGACUAUGCAAAAACAGCUUGAUAUGGAGAUGGAGGCUCACAACCUAUCCAAGUUCAAUGUACUGAUGACAGGAUACGAUAGUGUCAAGUUUCCUACGCCCCUCUAUCCGUUUGUCACUAAGACUGUCCUUGUCGAGAGCUACGAGCGAGGUGAUCACAUAUCAGCGUAUCUCAGUGAGCCAGGUGGUCACCUUCAGAAGAGAUUGGCCAAAAUUGGUAUUGAUGUUUUGCUGGAUAUGAUGUUUAUCCAUAACUUUGUCCACGGAGACCUUCAUCCCGGCAACAUCCUCGUCCAAGACCCCUCCUCACACCCUAAACUAGUGUUCAUUGACUGUGGAAUAGCCACCAGCCUUGGAUCCGUGGACUUUGAGAACUUCUACAAAUUGUUCAAGGCAAUAGUGACAGGUCACGGGGAGACAGUGGCAGACCUGAUGCUAAACGGGCAGACGUGUCAUACCCUCAGCGAGUACAGACGGGACAUGGCCGAGCUAGUUGAUGAGCAUUUGCAGAGCCAUCUUAAACUGACAGAGAUUCAAGUGGGUACAUUGUUCUCGAGGCUUUUCAAUAUUCUCAUCGAUCAUAAGGUACGGAUUUCCCCUAACUACACUUCCGUGAUGGCGGGUCUGAUGGUGAUUGAGGGAGUGGCUCGAUCCCUCGACCCUGGUAUAGACAUUCUGGACAAUGCCAAACUCUGUAUCCUACAGAGGGCAACGCUAGUCUUUCAAGAUAAACUCAAACAAACUUCUAGGAAUGUUUGUGACAAGUUUUUCUCUUAGUUCAAUGUAUGCUGUUUAUACAGCAACUUCUAUUUAUGGACUUCUAUUUAUUUCUCAAUAA